AGCUUCGGGGCGCUAAGAUGGCGGCGGCGGCGGCGGCGGCGGCCGUGGCGGAGGCGGCCGUGGCGGAGGCGGGGCGCGGCGGUGGCGGCACGGAGCCCCGGCAGGAGCGCAACCGGGCCCGGGGCUGGACCGGUGCAGAGCGCAGCGAAGGCCGCAGGAUGGAGCCGGGCGAGGAGCUGGACGAAGAGGACUCUCCGGGCGGGCGGGAAGACGGCUUCACUGCCGAGCACUUGGCUGCCGAGGCCAUGGCGGCUGACAUGGACCCCUGGCUGGUGUUUGAUGCCCGCACCACCCCCGCCUCUGAGCUGGACGCCUGGCUGGCCAAGUACCCACCCUCCCAAGUCACCCGCUACGGGGACCCCAACUCACCCAACCCGGAGCCUGUGGGCUGGAUUGCCGCCUACGGCCAGGGCUACGUCCCCAACUCGGGUGACGUGCAGGGCCUGCAGGCCGCCUGGGAGGCCCUGCAGACCAGCGGGCGGCCCGUCACGCCAGGUACCCUGCGCCAGCUGGCCAUCACCCACCAGGUGCUCUCAGGCAAGUGGCUGGUGCACCUGGCCCCUGGCUUCAAGCUGGACCACGCCUGGGCCGGCAUCGCCCGGGCUGUGGUGGAAGGCCGGCUCCAGGUGGCCAAGGUGAGCCCUCGGGCCAAGGAGGGCGGGCGCCAGGUCAUCUGUGUUUACACUGACGACUUCACGGACCGCUUGGGUGUGCUGGAGGCAGACGCGGCCAUCCGGGCCGCGGGCGUCAAGUGCCUGCUCACGUACAAGCCCGAUGUCUACACCUACCUGGGCAUCUAUCGAGCCAACCGCUGGCAUCUCUGUCCCACUCUCUAUGAGAGCCGUUUUCAGCUGGGGGGCAGUGCCCGAGGCUCCCGUGUGCUGGACCGUGCCAACAACGUAGAGCUGACUUAGUGGGGGCGACCAGCCCUGACCCCUUCUGUUGAGGAUGGAUCCUCCUUCCGUCUUCCGCUUCCUUGCCCUGCUGAGGCCAGGCCCUCCAGCCCUGAGGACGAGGCCAUUUGGAGCCGCCUGCAUCUUUGAUCCCCUUGAACUUGUGCCCUCCCUUCAGGGCCAGCUCAAGCCACUGCCCGCUGGAGACUUGGGCUUCCGGAAGACCAGCCCCAUGGCCUCUCUUUUCGCUGCUGCUUCUCCCCUCUGCCAACCAGGACUACAGGCUGGGUGCAGACACCCAGAAGGAGAACCUUCCAGGCCACCCCACCCUCCUCCUCCUCCUCCUCCUCCAUCCCCCUACCCCUUUCUCUUCCUCCUCAAGAGAGAAGACUUCGUGCUUCCAGUCCCUCUCCUUGGAGCUGCCACGGUCCAGGGGACAGAGGCCCUGCAGACCUGAGCAUGUCAUUUUGUCGUGGGGGGUGGGGGAGCUUGCCCACUCACCCCAUGGCAGAGAUUGAGAGGGCCAGGGCCAUGGACGUAGGACCUGCCUCUGGCUGCUACCUUGAAGCCUGCACCCCCUGCCCCGCCAUGGCCUACCUUGUCAUGUGCCUGCUCCUGAUGUUCUAAUAAAACCCGGCUUGGGUCUG